AUCUUUGCAGUUAGUUUGCUUUCAAAAUCUUUGCUUUUUGUCUCAGUUCCACAACUAAAAUCUUUGCUUUUGUCUCAGUUCCACAACUAACUAACUGCGCCAAAAAAGGCUUCAAUUCGCUACCGGUCACCAUGUCCAGCGUUAUGCAGUCGGAGGAACUCGCGAACUUUGGAUCACUGGCACAAACCGGCGGCUCAGAUGAUGGUGGACUUUUGAAUAUAGCUAAUCUAGAAAGGGUUAUUGAAGUGUUGGUGAUUCGCACCAUUAACCGCGUUUUGGAGCCGACCAUGGCGGACUUGUUCCGUAGAGUUGUAAGAAAGGAACUUGAGGAGGCACAGUUGAAGCUUAUGGGUAGUUUUAAAGGGAAUCCAGAGAAUGAAAAUCACACUUCCAAUCCAAUUCCAAGGUGCCUGAAGCUAAAGUUCCUGCAAACAGUUUCUGAUCUUGUCCUCACAGGCAAGGAAAUCAAGGGUGAAGGAGGCUGUGUUCUAAAGGUGGCUUUACUCGAUGACCUUACUGAAGAGGUCAUUGAAACUGGGAGUGAGGCCUCUGCCGAGAUAGAAAUUGUUGCUCUUCAAAGGGAGUUGGAUGAUGCUGUCGAAGAUAACUGGACAUCUCAAGUGUUCAACGAAUCUAUCAUAACAGUGAAUCGUGCUAACAAAUCUCUUCUUCAAGGAAACGUGCGCUUGAAGCUGAAUAAAGGCAUUGGAAUUUUGCAAAACUUUAAGUUCAGGCAGUGCUCAGGUUGGACGAGCAACUGCAAGUACAUGCUGGGAGCAAGAGUUGUUGGCGGUGCAUCCAGUGGAACCGUAGUAAAAGAAGCAAAAACGAAAUCCUUCACAGUGAAGGAUAGCCGUGCCCAAUUGUACAAGAAGCAUGAGUUCCCAGAUUUAUCUGAUGAUGUAUGGCGAUUAAAAAAUAUUGACAGAAAGGGCAAAAUUUAUGAUCGCUUAAAGAGGGAACAAGUUGAAACUGUUGAGAAGUUCCUUGUUCGACUCCUCAGUGACUCUGAGCACCUUAAAGAAAUACUUCACAUGCCACCAAAAUGUUGGACGGAGACGGUGAGCCAUGCUCGAAGAUGCAAAAUUGAUGAAAGGUUGUAUUGCUAUGCUGAUUCUCAAGAUACCCGGGUGGUUUUUGACCUUUUUGGAGAAGUGCUUGGACUUGUUCUGCAAGGCCAGUACAGAAGAACAGAAGUGUUAUCCCCGGAUGAUAAGGAUAAUGCUCUCAAGUUGAAGGAAUCUGCAUGCAGACACUGGAACGAUAUAGUCAGAUACAGUGAUGAGAAAGAAUUCAUUCAACAACUGAACCCUUCAGAUUCUAUGGACAUGGAGUGUCAUAAUGAUAGGGAAGUAAUAAAUGAAAGUAGUUACUGUCCACGCGAAGCCACUUGUCUGAGCAUUGGACGUAGUGGGCAAGAUUUUGGUUCAAUGAGCCCUAUUAAUGAAGAUUUCUCUUAUUAUCCAAUUCAUAGUCCUUCUUGGAGCAGUUGGGGGAUGUCGAACAACUUCAUGCUUGGACACGCCCCUUUUGAGUUAGUUGAUAAUCAGCAAAGUUAUGGAAACAGUUCCACGUCCAUACCCCCACUGGAUGGUUCUUUAACAGAAGGGCACGCACUGAAGCACGCACUGAAGCGUUUGAGAAUGGUGUUUCUUAAAGUGCAUGCACUGAAGCGUUUAAGAAUGGUGUACCGUAAAGAGCAUGCAUUGAAGCAUUGGAGAAUGGCGUUCAGUGUUGUGAAGUCGUCUAAAAGAAAAGGAGGUGAACCUUUGGGAUUGCCAAAUAUUCAUGCUCAGAAGAGGCUAAAAAUCUUUUGAUCAAGAUCAUGCCAUGAAAUGACUCCAUGGGUAAAACCAAACUUGGCUUCUCACUUCUCAGCCCAUUGGUGAUUGGACGUUACGCACUUGAUUGUCUGAAAUUGGUACAUCGCUACUCUGCUCCUGAUCUGAUGGUCCUGUCUGUAUGUUCACAUAUUACCCUGAUUAUUCCUCAACAAUGCAUUGGUAUUUACCUACUGGAUAUCACUCUUUCUGCCAUCGAUUUGCUUUGUGGUUAUAUCAAGUUUCAAUCCAGAUUCCAAUCUUCGCACUAAUGAGAAACUUGAUCUGUGUCAAUUACUGCAUUUGAUCAAAAACAUUUCUUGGUGAUUCUACAAGAGGUGUUUAAGCAUGCAAUUCAAGAGGAGAAGAUGGCUUCGCGUUUGAACAUGGGUUCAAGCAAGGAUUGUUGAAACCAUGACAGGAGGAUGCUGAAAACAUGGCUUAGCUUGUCAGUGUAAUUCUACUCGUUUCGUGAACCAACCUUAGGUGUGGUUUAAAUGCGAAAAACUCCAUGUUGUGUUCCUGGGGCUCUGUAAAUAAUAUGUAUGAUUCUCUUUCUCUUCUUGUUUAUCAAAUGUGAAUUUAGCCAUUGUAUGUCUGUAUUGUUGCUGGUGGAAAUAAGGUUAAUAAAAAAUAAAUCAUUUGUUAGUCUUUAA